AUGGCCUUUUUACCCAUUCUUCUCAUAUUUUCAUUGAUGUAUUCCACAUACUGUAACAUACUCCAGUCGGAUAGUAAUACGCUUUCAGGGAUUUGUGAUAAUAUCGUAUCAUCCCUUCAAAUCCUAAAUAAAAGGGGCAUUUUAAAAAUGGUUAAUAAAGAAAGGUGUAAGGAUUAUGAAUUGUUAGGGGAAAGGAUCUUUAGUAUGUCUAACAGAAGCGAUAAUUAUUGCUAUAAGGGAGUACAAUUUCUUUUGUGUAACCUGAAAUAUCAGCCAUAUGAAUCUAACUUUAACUGUGAACACAUAAAGGAUAAAUUUAUUAAAAUUGUAAAAUCUUGCUCACUUGAUACUCUUAAUGUUCUGGAUAAAAACUGUUCUGGGAUAAACUCAGAAAACUUAAGUAUUUUCAACCCACUGGAGUUUUGCAGAACAAACUAUGUACUGUUGAAUGGUGAGAAACAAACUCAAUUUGAUCCUGUGGAACAUGAAUACUGCUCAAAAAUCGUUGAAAGCUAUAACCUGUGCCAAUACUAUUCAAGAAGACUGAAUCUAAGAAAUUACUGUUUAGAUGGUGGAUUUCAAAAUUAUUGCACACAUUACAUUAAACCUGUCCAUGAUAACUCUUAUGAAUCAAUGUGUAAGAAUUUCGUUCUCCCUUUUGUGUUCUCGAAGUUAAUGGAUGAACCGGAGUCUUUGGUAUCAAGCAUGUGUGUCAAAGCUGAUGAGAAUAUAUCAAAAUCAAUACUAAACACAAGGGACCAAUUAAUGUUUAAAAGUAAGUCACUUUUUGAUGCUUUCGAAUCCGAAUUUGCUUAUAAAAACUGGGUCAAGGAAUUAGAGGCUAGACUUGAUAACAUGGUGAUUGAUCUCCGUGUGCUUAUGGAUCAGUCAAACUCCUGUUUUCAAUACUUAAACUAUCCUCACAGAUUUUUUUAUGCAUAUGAUCGUGUAGUUAUUGAUGAAUUUUCAAAAGCAAAGCAAAUUGUUGAUAGAAUAUACAAUAGUUUUAUGCAAUUAUCUAGUUUACCACAGGAAAUCGUUAAACUUAUUUCACAAAUUGACAGUGUUAUAAGCUUGGACAACUCCAUUAAAGAGGCUACCGCACAUUUUAAGGAACUUUACACACUGAUCAGUUCCGGAUCACAUUACUAUUUCUCUUUAAGGAGAGACCCAACUUUGGCCAUGAAUAUAAGAAUUAUGGAAUCCAAUCUCAGUAGAGUUAGUGCCUUUCUGCCUAACAAUAUCGCAUACAUAAAACAAAGAAUUAAUUCCACAAAUCCGUUUGAGGCAAAUUUGAAUAAAGCUUCAAUGUUAUAUCAAAUGGGUACGAAUUUUAGGGAUAUCGCAAGUCUACUGGAGGCUCAACUAAAUGCUCUCUACAAGAUAAUAUCGAAGACCAAGGACUCUAACUUUAUAAAAUCACUUAAUCUAACUUAG